AUGAUACCUUCCCUAUACACGGCCACACUCCUGGGGCUGCUGGUCACUACCUCUGGCCUGCGCUGCCCAAAAUGCUUGCGAUGGCAGGGGAACUGCCGGGGAGAGGUGGAGACGUGCGCGCCAGGACAGAACGUCUGUGUGAUCCAUGAACUCGACCUGAACAGAGUCAUGAGGGCCGCCGUACGGACGGGUUGCAUGCUUCUGCAGACCUGUAACCUGCUGCCCAGGGACAAUGCGGCCGGAUUGACCGGAUCCACCUUCUGCUGCACCACGGACCUGUGCACCAGCAAGAGCUACAUCCAUACGUCAGCCAGGCCCCCCGAGCAACUCCCGUGUCAAACCUGCGUGGGCAACGCCACCACCUGUGGCCCUGACAACCCAACUGUGUCCUGCUUAAGCCCCGAGGCCCAGUGUCUGCAGCUCUCCCGGGGGCUGCUGCCUGGGGAGCAGGGAGACACCGUGUACAAGGCUUGUGGGGAGCCAGGGCCCGCUGAGGAGCUGCUGGCCAUUGCUGCAGGGCCUGACCUGACCUAUGUGCAUGCACAGCGCUGCCGUGGGGCUGGCUGCAACAAUGGCUCCUUCGUUGAGGUGCCCCGGGGGAAGCCCAACGGCAAGCUGUGCUACAGCUGCCGGGAGACAGGAGAAGGUGAAUGUAACCACCAGCAGUUGCAGACCAUAACCUGUAUGGGGGCCAUGGACAUGUGCGUGAAAGCCCAAAGCACAGACCAGAACAACCCUGGGACCCUGCUCCGUGGCUGCGGCAGCCCUGACCUCUGCCGCCCCUGGCAGCCCCUGGCACGCCUCCUGCUGCCCUCGGACCCCCAGAUCCACUGCUGCAACCCCCAAGAGAUCGCCCUGCCCAACAUGAUGCAGGAAGACAGGGGUGAGGGUGAAUAUAUGCCCACCAUUGGCGUGGAUCUUAACAUAGCCACCUUGUGA